AUGGAUAUGGAUGAUGACCCCGAUCCGGAGAUGCCACCGGGUAGGACGCCGACACAUCCCAUAGAGAUUUCUGACGGAUCAUCUUUUCAUGGUUCGCCGUACCGGGGCCCAGACAGCUAUGAAGCAAGGUUUGCCUCAUACCCUUGGGAGUUCACUCCCCCUUUUAUCCCACCUCAACAGCAGCAGCAGGAUCCCUCUGAGGAUUCGCGUUUUCAAGCGGUUACUCCACCGCCACCGCCGCCGCCAGAGCAACAGCCGCCUCCCGAACCACUGAAGCGGAGAAGAUCAGGAGCACGGAUGGCCUACGGAGCUUCCUACCAGACUGGAUACCCAGCAUAUGGGUAUCAAUACCCACCACCUCUUCAGCCUCAGCCGCAGCAGCAACCGCAGCCGCCAUUUGUCCAACCACCGCAGCAGCAGGAGAUCAUUCAAAGGUUGAAUCAGGUGGAACGGGAUGUUCAGAGGGAGCGUAGGAGCCGUCGGGGUCUACUUAAGGGUUUAGCUGAUUUAAUCAAGGGGAAGAACAAAAGGGAUUAUUGA